GAAGCCGGAAGCGGGCGAAGUCGGCCCGCUCGGAACGGCAGAGCCGAGGGCAGGCCGGGGCGUUGUGUCGUUGCGCCCCCAGCCCCCGGUAGCGCUCUCCGCCAUAGUGCCGCGGGGCCAUGGGGGCUCCACGCCACCGACCGCCAGUCCUCCCGGGGCCCCCGCUGGGGCUGCUGCUGCUGCUCCUGAGCGGGCCAGCCCCGGGCCGCGCUUCCCCGCGGCUCUUGGACCACCCGGCACCCGUCUGCUCCCAGCAGGAGCUAAACUGCACAAUCAAGAAUAGUACCUGCCUGGAUGACAGCUGGAUCCACCCUCGAAACCUGACCCCUUCAUCCCCCAAAGAUGUCCAAGUUCAGCUGAACUUUGCCUAUACCCAACGUGGAGACCUCGUCCCUGUGAUUCACAUUGAGUGGACCCUACAGACGGACGCCAGCAUCCUCUACCUGGAGGGCGCAGAGUUAUCUGUUCUGCAGCUGAACACCAAUGAGCGUUUAUGUGUCAAGUUUGAGUUUCUCUCCAAACUGCAGCAUCAUCACCAGCGGUGGCGUUUUACCUUCAGUCACUUUGUAGUAGAACCUGGCCAGGAAUAUGAGGUGACCGUUCACCACCUGCCCAAGCCCAUCCCUGACGGGGACCCCAAUCACCAGUCCAGGAACUUCGCCGUGCCUGACUGCAAGGACCCCAGGAUGAAGAACACUACACCAUGUGUGAGCUCAGGCAGCCUGUGGGACCCCAACAUGACCGCAGACACCCUGGAAGCCCACCAGCUGCGGGUGAGCUUCACCCAGUGGAACGAACCUACCCGUUACCAGAUCCUGCUCAGCAGUUUCCCACGCACAAAGAACCAGACAUGUUCCCAAGAAGUACUGGAUAUACCUGCGCCCACACGAGAGGACUUCCACCAGCGGUCCAACGUCACAUUCACUCUACAAAACUUUGAUUGGUGCUGCCACCACCAAGUGCAGAUUCAGCCCUUCUUUAUCAGCUGUCUGAACGACUGCCUCAGACACCUCGUCACUGUCCCCUGCCCAGGAACUCCUACCCCAGACCCGAUUGCAGACUAUAUACCCCUGUGGGUGUACGGGUUCAUCACGGGCGUCUCCAUCCUACUGAUAGGCUCCGUCAUCAUGCUGGUGCUCUGCAUGACCUGGAGACUGUCCGGGUCUCAUCAUGAAAAAUAUGGCAAUGACACCAGAGAUACAGAUGUCCUGCCCGCCACUGGUCUCACACCCCCUCCCCUGAAGCCCAGGAAGGUCUGGAUUGUCUACUCUGCCGACCACCCCCUCUACGUGGACGUGGUCCUAAAGUUCGCCCAAUUCCUGCUGACCGUCUGUGGCACCGAAGUGGCCCUUGACCUGCUGGAGGAGCAAGUCAUCUCAGAGGUGGGGGUCAUGACCUGGGUGGGCCGUCAGAAGCAGGAGAUGGUAGAGAGCAACUCCAAGAUCAUCAUCCUGUGCUCCCGAGGCACCCGGGCCAAGUGGCAGGCCAUCCUCGGCUGGGAGGAGCCUGCUGUCCAGCUUCGAUGUGACCACCAGAAGCCCGCAGGGGACCUUUUCACAGCGGCCAUGAACAUGAUCCUCCCAGACUUCAAGAAGCCGGCCUGCUUCGGCACAUACAUUGUCUGCUACUUCAGUGACAUCAGCAGUGAGAGUGAUAUCCCCGACCUCUUCAACAUCACUUCCAGGUACCCACUCAUGAGUAAAUUUGAGGAGGUGUACUUCCGGAUCCAGGACCUGGAGAUGUUUGAACCUGGCCGGAUGCACCAUGUUGGGGAGCUUAGAGGGGAUAACUACCUGCAGAGCCCCAGUGGCUGGCAGCUCAAAGAAGCUGUGGGGAGGUUCCGGGAGUGGCAGACUCGGUGCCCUGAUUGGUUUGAGCAUGAGAACCUUUGCUCGCCGGAUGACCCGGACCUCCCAUCCCUGGAUGAAGAGGUGUUUGAAGAGCCACUGCUGCCACCAGGAAGAGGGAUUGUGAAGCAAAAGCCGGUGGUACAGGAGCCUGCCCCUGAGGGCUGCCUGGUGGUAAAUCUUCUCGGCCCUGAGAAAGGAGGGGGAGUGGCGAGGCUGCAACCUCAACUUCAGGCGGCACAGCCCCUCCUAGCCAUGGUGCUCCCUGUGGAUGUGGUCCCUCCUGCUCAAGCCAUGGAACCCGUCUCUCACACCGUCGGGAGCCACGCAGCUAGCCGGUUGGCCGUUGUGGAGGGAGGCGAGGCCUGCCCACUGCUAGAGGGCUGCGACCCUCGGAGGAACAGUGUCGUCUUCCCCAUCAUGGACUCAGAGCACCCGCCUGUCUGCAGCACCCCGACAGCAUCACCCCACCACUUCCCAGAGCACGGAAGGGAGCAGCUCGAAAGCUUGAUGUUCUCACUCUUCCAGCAGAGUCUGAGCUGCCAGGAGGGGUGGGAGAGACCGGCCGUGGCCCUGGAAGACCCAUACACACCCUACGAGGAGGAGCAGCGGCAGUCGGUACAGUCUGACCAGGGCUAUAUCUCCAGGAGCUCCCCACAGCCCCCCGAUGGACUUAUGGAAAUGGAGGAAGAGGAAGAAAAGCAGGACCUGUGCAAGGUGGCCAAGAAGCUCUCCCCUGAGGCCCUGGAGAGCCUGAGAAGCCUCCAGCGACAGCUUUUCUUCCAAGAGCUUCAGAAGAACUCUGGCUGGGACAGUGUGGAGCCAGAGGGGCCAGUGGCAUAGGGCCUCCCAGAUCCAGAGCGCUGAGAGAAGGGAGUGUGUAUGUACAUGGGUGUACACGUGUGUCUGUAUAUGUGUAUGUGCAUUAUAUUUGUGUGUGAAAUGGUACCUUUAAAAUGUAGAUAUCUUGAUUCUGAUGCCUGGGCAUCCCUCUUAAUUUUUCUUUCUGUGACUGUCUGGUCAUCUUCCAUCCCCACAAAAAUCUACAGCCCAUUCCCAGGAGCUAGUGGCAGUGUCCUUGAGUGUCCAUCAUUCAUUCAUACAUUCAUUCAUUCAUUCAACAUUUAUUUUGUACCUACUAUGUGCCAGGCAUCUGAGAUACAAAGAUAAAUUGUCCCUGGUCUUGGCCUUGGCCACCAAGGAGCUUAACAUCUUGUGAGAGCGACAUAUUAGCAAAUAGAGGAGGUCAUGAAAGAUGUAAAGACUGAACAGACGCCUGUCCAGGGCUAUGCAGACACACAGAAGGGGCGCCUGGCCCAGUGAUACAUUCCUGGAGGGGAUGAUGUAUAAGCUGAAGGGAGAAGCUAGUUUCCUAGGCAAGAGAUUGUGGUUGGAGAAGGCACCAGUCUCAGGGAAGCAGCAUGUGGAGUAAUGGCUGGGAGGUGAGUGGGAGUUAGGCCAUCAGGGAACUGCAGGUUGAGCCUGGAGAGGAAGGAGGGAGGCAUAAGAGAUGGGAUGAAGACAUCACCAGAGCCCAGGCUGGGAGUUAGGACAUCAGCCCAAAGGCCUGGGACUCCUUGAAUAUGAGGAGCUGUUAUCCUGCAGAGGAGGAGGCUGAGGGCCAAACAUACCUGGAAGCCACCUCAGAUCAUUUUGGAAAGAGACAGGAUAAACAUCUGUGAUGUGAAACUGAACAGCAUUCAACAGGGAGAAAGGUCUAAAACCCUGAGCUCGUGUUUUGGCAGUCAGUGGGAGAGUUAUGGCAGAGGAUGCUUUUGGGGCUGCUGGCUCUGAAGCACUGGGAGCUGAGGGACCUUAGCUCCACACUUGGGUCCAGUGGCAGAGUGAAUUGAGUAUGAGAUACGGAGCGGGGAGAAUGGGAGGGCAGUGAGGAUCUGGGCAGGCCCUUUGAAGGGAGAGGAAUGUGCCACUCUACUUAAAGGUCUGAGGUUCAGAGACAGCAUUUGAGGAGAGAUGCUAAGGCCGUGUGUGAAGUUGUUCCCGGAAGAGUGCACUGGGAUGCCAUCUGCCCCUGGAGCCGAGGGUUCUCCAUCACCUAUGUUUGUGCUGUUAACUAUAGCUUCAAGUUUCAGCACAGAGGAGAGGAUUUCUGAAAUGUGAUGGGAAACCAAAUAUUACAGGUGUACAUGUGCAUGAAAGAGGUUGUCAAUAAAAGAAUGAAUACAUUUAA